AUGCAACAUAUUAAAACGAAUACUGCGUUAGUAGCUAUUGCACGACAAACCGCUCGUAAUCUACUAGGUGCAAAAAGUAGUACUACUGUAUUAGGACAUCAUGCAACUAGUGGUUUUUCGAAUAGAGGUGCUAAAACCUCGACCAAUGCAACUACCUCAACUAAUAUGAGUCGAAGACCUUACA